AUGGAGGACUUCAUGACCAAGGUGGUUAGCAUGCCAGGGCGGUGCAUUGACUCAGUAGCCUCUCACCAAUGCAGUUGCUGCAAAGGAAAAUCUGAAGCAAGCAACAGCGAAACAAAAGCUAAGCCAUCUCAGAGAGGAAUUAAAAGGGAAAAAUCUCCUCCCCCUCCCCGCCGGUCAAGUAUGAGACUGAAGAAAUUAGAACCCUCAGGGACCCCACUUCCAGUGGAACCAGAACCUGUGGAGCUUAAAGAUGAACAUGCUCGGCCCCCUGCAGGACCCCUGGGGAUGUCUGACCGUUUGUAUGGCAACACAGAUAUUGGCCACUGUAACAGACUACGGGAGAAGAUAGAGCACUUCUCUGACACUAAAGCAAAGGUUAUCCGUGGUCAACAGGCAAAGAGUACUCUGGACAGCUAUAUAAAAUCAAUGGCAAAAACCAAAUUGACAUCAGACAGAGUGGCUAAAGUAGUUCCUGACCGUGUGUUUUCUGUGGCCAUUCACCCCACACGUGACAAGGUUUUGGUGGCAGGAGGUGGGAAGUGGGGUGCAGUAGGACUUUGGGAUGUGGAUGAUAUUGAAGAUGACCAGCAGGGAGUUGUGACUUUAGUACCUCAUUCCAGACCUGUGAACCAUCUUAUCUUCCCCACAUGGCAUCAAGAUAGACUCUACUCAUGCAGCUAUGAUGGGUCCUUGAGAUGUGCUCAUUUUGACAGAGGGGUGUUUGAAGAGGUGUACUCAGCCCCAGUGGAUGAGUACUUACUGCUCAGGAACUUUGAGUGUUUGAAUGUGGAUAGCCUGUUGGUUGGGCAAUCUGACGGCAGUGUGGCUAUGGUAGACCGUAGGACACCAGGGACAGAAGCAGAGAGUUUGUACAGUUUACACAGGAAGCCUCUUCGUACAGUCAGUGUUCAUCCAGUUCAAAAAGAUUACUUCAUCACCUCUUGUGCAGAUGGGAAUGUAUCUUUGUGGGAUAUCAGAAAUCUCAAGAGUGGUAUGAAGAAAAACAAUUCCAGUAUUGUUGACCUUCACCAUGGCAAGGGAGUUAACUCUGCAUAUUUCUCCCCAAUCACUGGCAAUUUCAUCCUGACAACAUCAAUGGAUGAUAAACUCAGUGUGUUUGACAGUUCUUCCCUAACAACAAAAAUCCCUUUGAAAAAAGCUAUAAGACACAAUAAUUACACUGGUCGCUGGUUGACUGUGUUUCGAGCUGUAUGGCAUCCUGCCAGAGAGGACAUCUUCGUUGUCGGAAGCAUGGAGCGACCAAGACGAAUUGAGGUGAUCGACUUGACUGGGAACUUGGUGCACACAUUUGAUGAUGAGGAAUAUUUGGGAUCAGUAUGUUCCCAGAAUGCCUUUCAUCCUACACGACCUGUGGUAGUGGGAGGUAACUCUAGCGGCAGGCUGCAUGUGUUCAUGUAGCUGUUCGAGUUGCAUUGAAUACACUGACUGAAAGUGAUUUUGCGGAGUGAUAAAACUAUUACAUUAGUGUGGUAUUUGUCUGUACUGAUCAUACUGCUACAUGAAUGUGGUUUGGAAGAUUGAUUGGACAUUUACAAAGAUAUGUUUGUCAUUGCUACAUGACCGUGAUAUGACAAUAAGCAAUGUCUGCAUAUAGUUUAUUUCUGCCCCAUAUAUACAUUUAUUUAGUUGUAGAACAUUUAUAUGACAUUCCCAGGUAUAUAAUGUAGUCAUAUUCAUAUUUCAAACAUAUGUUGGUUUUCACGAUAGAAAAGACUUUGGCUUUGUAAUUACAUCUGGUUAGGUCAUAAGUCAUGUUUUUCAUUUAAACUUUUUAUGCUUGAUCUGUAUAUUUCGAUAUUGUUGUAAAUAUUCCCGUCAUUGAGUACAAACACUCCUACAUCCAUGUAUUUACGGACCAAUAGACCUUUAGUUAUGUAUUAUCAUACUGCUACCUUGGCAUUUGUGAGCAGAUAUUAACAAGGAAACGUAGCAAGUCUUUAUCUAGGAAGAUUGUAUGAAUUUGUUUGCAUCUGCAGAAUUGUCGCAGUUCAUUGUUUCUUGUAGACUUUCAGUGAGCUUUUCAUGAACAUGUGGAGAACAGUCGUUUCUAAUAAUUUAUGCAUAUCACAACAGCUCUUAUGUCAGAUUGAUUUACCUGUGAGAGUUUUCAGCUGUAUAGAAAGGUCACUUACUAGUAGAAAGAAACUUAGCGGAAACUGUUACCCAUACUUUAGUUGUCCUAACAAAGCCCUUACCUGAAAGGAUUGGUUGGGUGAAUGAGUUUGUUACCAAGGAAAAGUGAAUGAUAAAAUAAUUUGUGUUAUGUCACGAACCAAGGGUUAUUUUACAAAGUGCAGAAUUAUAAAGGACUUUUUUGUGAAGUAAAUUAUAUGUGUGGCCAUCUGUUAUGCCAUCAUUUUGUGCACCAUUUUUUUUAGUGAAUUCUUCAUAUUUUAAAGAUUAUUUGUCAUUUUAGGUUCUUAAAGAAGCCGAGGUUUAGAUUGUCCUUCACAAACUGAAUACAAAUUUUUUUUUUAAACAAAAUCUUUUCACUGUGCCAGUUCUUAGCAUUGAUAACCCCAUAAUGUGUUACAUGUAUUAUGUUAAUUGAAGAUAUCGGUUCUCAUUGCCCUUUGACCUCCAUUGUACCUCCAUUGUACCUUGUUGUGCAGCAUUAUCAGUAAAGUCUU